CACAUGUCCACUCUAUUUCGUAAUUCACCGACAGUAUUUCGCAAUUGAUGAGGCAAACAGAUAGCAGUGCACUUUGUUCCACAGAAAGGGCAUUCCAACUAAACUAAAUAAAACGUUCUAAUGAACUUUGGUGUGUCGAAUGGAUGGAACAGGAAAAGCAAUCGAUCGUGGAUACAUCGAGUCAGAGAAGAUGGCAUCCAUCGACCAAGCUGAUACGCCAACACAGUCUGGUCCUCCACCUGGUGAAGAUGGAGCAGGUCACCCCAGAGAAGCUUUGGUUGCCACUGCUGUAAAAUUUCUACAAAACCCCAAAGUACGUCAGAGUCCACUAUUAACCAGGAAGUCCUUCUUAAAGAAAAAAGGCUUGACUGAUGAGGAGAUCGAGUUGGCCAUCCAGCGCUCUGGCAGCACAGAGGAAGUUCUUCCUCAGAACCCUUUGGGACUCCCCCAUCCUCCUUAUACAACUCUGCUUGCUCCUGCACCACCCAGUCCAGCAGGCUACAGAUGGAGAGACUACGGCGCCCUCACCAUCAUUCUGGCGGGCAUGGCAUUUGGCUUUCACCAGCUUUACAAGAAAUACAUCCUUCCUCUCAUUAUGGGAAGCCGAGAGGACAAGAAGCAUCUGCAGAGGAUGGAGAGCAACAUUGCUGCAAUGAGUGGCACGCUGACACAGACAGUCAGCCAGCUUCAGCAAACACUGUCAUCCGUCCAGGAACUCCUGAUCCAGCAGCAGCAGAAAAUCCAGGAGCUCUCCCAGGAGUUGUCUACGGCAAAGGCAUCGACCUCAACCAGCCGCAUCCUGGACAACCAAACAAUUGCAGAUCUGAAGGCUGAGAUUGUCUCUUUGAAAGGAUUACUGCUCAGCAGGAAACAGUUUCCUUCCUCUCCUGCUAUUGCUAAAAUUCCUUCAUGGCAGAUUCCCCUGAAGCCCUCGGCGGCAUCCUGCUCGCCCCCCGCCAACCACACCAACAGCAGCAGCGACAUCUCCCCGAUAAGCAACGAGUCCUCCAACUCCUCCCCAGUGAAGGACGGACACCACAGCUCUCAGGACGCCCUGGGGGGCCCAGAUGGAGCCAACGGCAUCGACGGCGGCCCCUGUUCUCCCAGCCCGGGCACCAUGGGGCCUCUGGACCAGGUCCGCAUGGAGGUCCAAGGCGAGGAGAAGAAAGAGGACGAUGUGAGCCAUACAGAAGAGGAAGAGGAGGAGGGUCUGAGCAUGCAGACGGAGGAUCGGCGAGGAGGAGACGGACAGAUUAACGAACAGGUGGACAAACUGAGGCGGCCAGAGGGGGCCAGCAACGAGAGCGAAGUCGAUUAGAUGACUAGUGAAAGCACCAAAACACGACUUCUCAUCCCUGCUGAAGCUUUCCUCGAUAUUCCUCACGUUUUUUACAUUUCAUCUCCACUGUCCGUUCUUGCAUCUUUCUGUGGUAUUUCACUGUGGAGCAUUAGGAGUACAAUUUAGCAAAGUUAGACUCCAAUUAAAUACUACUAGCAAAGCAGCACACCAAAUUUCUCUAAAAAGACGAGUUGUCCCCUCAGAAUUUUUUUUAAAAGCCUGGAAGCAACUUUUGAUGUAAUAUUUUCUAAUAAUUAGGCCUGGCAUCCUUGUAACUUUGCCAAGGUGCCCCCUGUGCUGCGCAGUGCAGGUGUGGGUCAGGAAUCCCAUGAUCCUUCAGGUUACCGUGAGCCUCCAGUGAAGCAUUACCACAGUUUGUCUCCCUGUUGAUGGCAAUAGGACAGGACAAGCUCUUCCCGGGCUGGAGCUUUUAGCCUCUUUUAUGUGUCCUUUCGCAUUGGUGUCAGUCUGUCAAUAAUUCACAAGGCCAGCAGGGUGGCAUUUGGGUGAAAUAAAAGCCCUGAAAUUCGAGAUUAGAAUGUGAUGACGGGCUUUGUUCCACGCCGGCGUCAAAGUGCUCAUAUGCUCAGAGAGUGGAAGAUAAAUGUUUUUUCCCCCUGCUUCCCUUUUGCACGGAGGGCUGAAUUGUGUUUUUUUUCUUUUUUUUGUGUGUGUUUGUGCGUGGCAGGUGAGAAAAUCCAGACAGUCUGCUGAGCUGUGUCUGCGUCUCCAGCAGGGCAGCUGAUUUGGUUUGUGAAGUAUGUUAAUAAUCAAAUGAUCAACAAAUAACAGAUGUAUUAGUUCAUGCAGCUUGAAAUGUCAAGGAGGCUAAAAGCGGAAAUCUAAUACAGAAAGCCCAGUUGCAUUGUAUUAUUUUCUGUGACAAACCCUCCGGUCCAAAUUAUGUAGGGCCUCCUACAGUGACUAAUCUUUACAGAAAACGGCGCCAAUAUUUUGUAAUUAUGCUGCAGGAAGACACGAGUGCUGCCACAGAUGGAAGUUGCAGAACUUGUAUUGCUUUAGGUUUUUCUCUCUCUCUCUCUCUCAGUGUGGGGGUGGAUGGGGGAGGUUAAAAAAUACCCUGUGAUUGAAAAAGAAAGUAAUAAAUGAAUUCUUGACUUAUUGAAUUACUCACUAUGUAUCUCACUGACAAGAAAAGUCCAUGUGUGAGAAGAAGGGAUAUCAUCUCUUCUACCACUUCCACCUCUGUAUGGUCGGGGUGCAGAGGAAGAGGGGGGGAUCGCAGACACCUCACCUCAGAUUAGGUUUUGUGUAUGAAGACAGUCCUGAAUGAAGACAUAACCUCACAAUAUGCUGUAAAAUCUAUUUUUGAAUUGUUUUUAUGAAUAAAUAACCUGUUCAGAGAAGUAUA